ACUAAAACGCGCAUGCGCAGAACGAGUCGAACCACGGGUCACAUGGGUUUGUGUAUCGGAGAGAAAAGUCUUUAAGCAACGAAGCUGUUAUUUCGGGAGUUGUACAGUUUUAAUUAAACUUAAAGGAAGACCUCACGCGCAUUGUGGAAACACGUCGUGUCGUCAUAAAACGCAUUGAAAUGGAAACGAAGCUCCCGCCUCACACGGGAGACGAGCUCUCGGUGGUCGACAUGCACGCGGGCGGCGAGCCUCUGCGCAUCAUCCGCGGCGGCUACCCGGAGGUCAAAGGUGACGGCGUGCUGUCCAAGCGCCGUUACUUCCGGGAGCACCUGGACCACCUCAGGAAGGCGCUGAUGCACGAGCCGCGGGGCCACUACGACAUGUACGGGGCCCUCGUGGUGGACAGCGAGCUGCCCGAGGCCGACCUGGGCGUGCUGUUCAUGCACAACGAGGGCUACAGCACCAUGUGCGGCCACGCCGUCAUCGCGCUGGGCCGCUACGCCGUGGACUACGGGCUGGUGAAGGAGCCGCGCUCGCCGGAGACGCAGGUGAACAUCCACUGCCCCUGCGGCCUGGUGAGGGCCUUUGUCGAGUACUCCGGCGGCAAGACGGGAGCGGUGAGGUUUCUCAGCGUGCCUGCGUUUGCGUUCGCAACAGGCGUGACGGUGGCGGUGGAAAGGUUCGGCCAGGUGACGGUCGACAUCGGCUACGGAGGAGCCUUCUACGCCUUCGUGGACGCCCAGAGGUUCGGCCUGGACGUGACCGCGUCCAGGUCUCGAGAUCUGGUCGACGCCGCCGCGGCCGUGACCAGCGCGGUGAAAUCUCAGGUGAAGCUACACCACCCGACCAGUGACGACCUGGCCUUCCUCUACGGCACCAUCCUCACCGACGGCAAAGAUGACUUUUCCUCUGAGCCCACCGCCAAUAUCUGCGUGUUCGCCGAGGCUCAGGUGGACCGGAGCCCCACCGGUUCCGGCGUGACGGCCCGCGUGGCUCUGCAGUAUCACAAAGGUCUCAUCCAGCUGAACCAGAGCAGGACCUUCCAGAGCGGCGCCACUGGGUCCCGGUUCACGGGGAAAGCCGUCGAGGAGGUCAAGUGCGGAGACUUCAAGGCGGUAGUGGUGGAAGUGGCCGGCAGAGCGUUUUACACCGGAGCCUCGUGCUUCGUGCAGGAGCCUGAAGACGAGCUGACGGGUGGUUUUCUGCUGAAGUGAGCCUCGAUGGCCAUCAAACAUGAUUAUACAUGUUAGAGCAUUAUAGCACUUUGUAGUUGAAACACUAUUAAAUCCUAACGCUCUCAGAGAAAAGAAUUGGAUCUGUAAUAAACUGCAAAGAAACCAAUGUUUACUAUGAAUAUAUGUACGAGUAGUAGAUC